AUGGCGAACAAGUUUGGAUUAGGUUCUUUAUCUUUAGAAACCAAAAAAUCUAACACUACAGCGUGGAUAAAUAAAGCGAAACCUUACUUUUACCGAAUGUUAACACCUUUUAGUACCGAAUGGUAUCAAAUUCAUGCGUCUCUUCACUACCGAACGUUAAACGGUUUAAACGAUAUUUUUAAUAUUGAAUGUUUACAUGCUUUUCUUUUCGUUAAGAAAUCCCAUUGUGCCUUUAAAAUGCAACGUUUCACCGAUGUAUCAGGUCGGAUGGGCACUGCUUUGGUACCGUGGCACGGCUCUAGUUAUCAUUAUUAUUACGACCUUGUUGUAUUUGAACAUUAUUACUAUCUAUUACAUAUGUGGACGCCGGGACCCAUUGACCUCGGUUUUGAACAUUGGCUAAAUUACGCAAUCUAUUUUAUAUUUUUGAUUGAACAUCUUUUGGUGAUCCAUGGAGGAAAAUUUCAGCAAACAAUACAUCAGUAUCUUUUUUCAAACCCUAAAGCGGAUUUACCAAAGAGUAUUACACCAAUCAUUGAUGAUGAGGGGUUAUUGUUUAAUGGAUUUAGAAUUAAAUUUAGGGCAAAUUCAUCUAUAUUCAAAAUCAAUACAAAAGACUUAAUAUUUACAUUAACGAGAGGAUUAAUAGAUUUAAUGAAUGAAAAUUCAUUGAAUACGUUACUAGGAUUUGAUAAACGACUAAACACCCAAUCCACUUUAGCACCACACAAAGCUAAUAUCGAGAAUGAUAUCGAUGUGAUAAAUAUACAUUGCAAUUUGAUAAACGGUGGAUUUUUCAAUAAAUACAAACGUCAGAUUAUUUACAGUCUUCCAACAUUCACUGUACCGAUAGGAUAUAGAAUUAUAGAGAAACCAUUUCAAACGACGUAUUUACCACAUAAUUCCUUUAUGAUUAAAGAUAUAAAUCUGGAAAUCAAAGAUGGUAAAAAUAGGUUUAUAGAUUUUGGUAACGAGGAAAUUGUUAUUCAACUUCAUUUAAAACAAAAGAACUAA